AUGGAAAUAAGAACACGAACUCCCAAAAAUAUAAAAGGGAACAAAGAUUAUGAAUAUAUAACUUCUUCACAAUAUUAUGUAAAUAAAAAAAGAACAAUUUCGUCGGAAAAAGUAAAUAAAAAUUAUGAUAAAAAAAAAACAAAGAUCAAUCAAAAAAACACCAUUGAAAAUGAUAUAGAAAAUGAGGCUAAUUCUGUGUAUAAUGAUGAAGUAACAAAUAAAAAUAGGCCUAAUAAAAUAAAUAAGAAAAUACGCAAUGAAUUAUUAAAAAAUGGUUUGGAUGAAAAUAGUAAAAGUUAUGAUGAUGCUAUAAAAAAUUCGCAAAACAAUUGUCAAACAAUCGAUGAGUCCAUUUCUUCAAUACCAAGCCAUUCAAAUCAUAGCAAAAGUGAUGAACAAAAUAGUUCUCUAAAUAAUCAAAAUUAUAAAAGAGAAAGAAGAAAAAUAAAACAACAUAAAGAUAAUUUUUUUUGUUAUUAUAAUGAAAUAGAAGAUGAAGAAGGGGAAAUAUCAAGUGAAGAAUAUGAAUCAGAUCAAGGGAAAAAAAAUAAAAUGAAUAAAUCAAUUAUAUCUCGAAAAAAUGAAAAAAAAAUAAAACAAAACCAUGAUUCUAUAAGUAACAAGUUUAAUAAUUUUAUAAAAAAAGAAAAUGAUAUAUAUAAUUAUAAUUUAGACUUAUUCGAUUUUUUAAAUAAUUUUAAAACAAAUGAAGAAAAUGUUGAGAACUUAAAAAAGUUGAUACUUUUUAUAGUCCAAGAAAUUGAUGGAAAAAAAUGGUUAGACAAUAAUAAUAUUCAUGGUGGAAACAAACAUAAUGGUAUUUCUGAUAAUGAAUAUGAUAAAAUGAAAACAAAUAAAAUAAAUAAAUAUUUUGUUAAUAUAAAGGAAAAUAUAGAUAUAGAACAUAUAACAAACCACAAUAAAAAAGAUAUAAGAAAUGUGUUUUUUUUUGAAAAUAUUAAUAUAAAUUAUAACGAUAAAGAUGUGAUUAUUUAUCCAUUUAAAAGUUCAUUAGUUAUUGAUGAUAAUGUAGCAUAUUCACAAAAAAAAAAAAAAAAAAUAGCAAAUGAAAAAAAAAAAAAUAGUAUUAACAAAAAGGUUCAAAGUAUUAGUGAUGUAGACAUACAAGAUAAUCCAUUCAAAAUUAUAAAAAUAAAAAUACCAGAAUAUGAAGAUUUGCCUAUACAUAUAAAUAUUAAUGAGAAUGAUGUCAAAAUAAAUUUUGAGAUACUAUCUUUUUUAUACUUUUUAUUGAUUUGUAAUUAUAUAUCCAGCGAAGAGAUUGAUACUCAUGAUGGUUCCUUCAAUUUAACAGAUAUUUUUUCUUAUAUUGAUGAAAAAUCAGAAUACCAUUUCAGUAGUGAGAAAAAUAUAUUUUUAAGUUUGUGUGCCCCUGUGAUGUAUCUAGACUUUACUACUAACACUAAUUUAGUAGAUUUUUUUGAAACAUUUUUAAAAAGCUGUAAUAAUGGGAAUAAAGAUGAAUUGGCUACAUUUUUCCAAAGUGAAUUACCCCUUGAUAUUUCUCAAGAAGAAAAUAGCAAAAUAGAAAAUUUAGACCAACUAAUAAACAAGUUUUUACUAAAAUGUAAGAAUAUAUUUAAUGGGUGUUUAUUAGCUAUUAGUAUAUGUAGCUAUUUAAAUACUUGUAUAUUUUCAAAAGAAUUUAAUAAAAGUAGAAAUUUUUUAUUUAUUUAUUUUGUUUCACAAUUUAUGAAUUCCACUUAUUUGUUUGAUAUAAUUGAGGUUGAAAAUGUUUGUAAAAAGGUAGAGUGGAUAAAAUUGAAUGGGGUAUCAAAAAAUACAGCUACCAAUAAUAAUAUUUCAGAAGAAGAUGAAUAUACCUAUUUGUUGAUAUGUUUAGUAGGGCAUGAAAUAUUAAUAUAUGGAAUUUCUAAAUCCGAUUAUUUUGUCCAAUUAUAUUACUCUAUUAAGGAUAGAAAUAAAAUUCAUACAGACAAUAAUAAAAAAUAUAUAGAAGACAAACUUAUGCAAACAAAAUUUAAAAAAAUAUUUUCAUAUAAAAAUGAUGAUAUAAUAAAUGAUUUUUCAUAUUCUAUAUAUAUAAAAAAUAAUCAAAGAUAUAUAAAAUUGGCUAUUUGUUGUAAUAAUAUGAAUAUAAAAAUAGUAAAUAUAUUUUUAAAAAAAAAAAAAAAUGAAUAUGAAAUUGACAAUUUUAUACAAAAAUCUCAAACAACAAACAUGAAAUUUGAUAAUUGUAAUUCCAGUUUACCACAUUUGUUUCCGUUUAAAAAUGUUGGUAAUUUUGAAUUAGAAAAAAAAAAUGCGUUUUCCACCUCUCUUAAUGAAAGGGAAACAGAACACAAAAUGGACUAUACAAUGUCUUAUUUAAAUAAUGAAUAUACAGAAAAGAGUGAUAAUUAUAACAUGAAUAAAUAUUCUUACUAUAAUGUUUGUACUAUGGAGGAUAUAUUACAUAUUAGACAUGGCAUAAUAACACUGUGCUCAUUUUAUCCAUGUAUAAACUCAUUUGUUUUAUGUAUAAGUAUAAAAGAUGGAGAUGUUAUAGUUAUUGAUAUACGAAAUAAUAGUGAACUUUUUUAUUUUAAAAGAAAAACAGAAACAAUAUCCCAUUUAAAAUGGAAUGAUAAUAGCUGUAUAUCUUUUGGACAAGAUAAAGGAUGUAUAAUAUAUUUAUUUGAAAAUAAAUAUCUUUUAAAUAUUGAUAAAAUAUGGAAUAAUAUUAUUGAAACAAUAUGUACACAUAAUUGUAUAAUUAGUGAUAAUUAUUUUUUUACAUUUGAUGAUGGUACUAUAAUAAAAGGAAAAAUAAAAAUAAAUCCAAAUAAAAUAAAACAUCAUGAAAUAAUUUCAUGGAAUAUAAUAUCAAAUUUUUCUAUGGAUCCACAAAUUAUUUUAAAUAUUUCAUCAACUAAAAAUAAUCAAAUUGAUACACCUUCUUUUAUAUUAUUAUAUGAAUAUUUAUGUGGAUUACAACAUAUUUUAAAAACUGGAAUUAAAAUAACAAAAUCGGAAAAUUAUGAUACUUCUAUAAGUCGAAAAGUUGUUGCAUUAGUUCCAAAAGCAAUUUCCUUUUCAUAUACUGACAAUGGCUAUAUGACAGCCUAUGGAAACGCGUGCGGAUUAGUUCAUAUUUUUUUUGGAAAAAUAGAUACCCCACCAGUUAUUUAG